CUACCCUCGGGGCCUGGGGCUCGCCGUGCACGGGGAGACAGGGAAUCUAGUCGCCGGCCGGCUUGAAGAUGGCCACCGCUCUGCAGCGCAUCGAGCGGCUGUCCAGUCGGGUGGUGCGCGUGUUGGGCUGUAACCCGGGUCCCAUGACCCUGCAAGGCACCAACACGUACCUGGUGGGGACCGGCAGCAGGAGAAUCCUUAUUGACACUGGAGAGCCAUCAGUUCCAGAAUAUAUCAGCUGUUUAAAGCAAGCCUUGGUCGAGUUUGACACCGCAAUCCAAGAAAUCCUAGUGACUCAUUGGCAUCGCGAUCAUUCUGGAGGCAUAGUAGAUAUUUGUGAAAAUAUCAGUAAUGACACCACCUAUUGCAUUAAAAAACUUCCACGGACUCCUCAGAAAGAAGAAAUUAUAGGAAAUGGAGAACAGCAGUACGUGUAUAUAGAAAAUGGAGAAUUGAUUAAGACUGAGGGAGCCACUCUCAGAGUUAUACACACUCCUGGCCACACUGAUGACCACAUGGCUCUAUUCCUAGAAGAGGAAAAUGCCAUAUUUUCUGGGGAUUGUAUCCUAGGAGAAGGAACAACGAUAUUUGAAGACCUCUAUGAUUAUAUGAACUCCCUGAAGAACUUAUUAAAAAUCAAAGCUGAUAUUAUAUAUCCAGGACAUGGCCCAGUAAUCCACAAUGCUGAAGCUAAAAUUCUGGAAUACAUUUCUCACAGAAAUAAGCGAGAAGAACAAGUUCUUACAUUAAUCCGUGAUAACUUUGAAAAAUCAUUUACAGUGACUGAACUUAUGAAAAUGAUUUACAAGAAUGUUCCAGAGAAUUUACAGAAGAUGGCAGAGCAUAAUCUCCUGCUUCAUCUGAAGAAACUAGAGAGAGAAGGGAAGAUAUUUCACACCACAGAGCCUGGCAAGAAGUGGAGAGCUGUCCUUUAGUGUCAGGCGGCGAAGCUGGCUUGCUUGCUGGUAGAGGGUGGUAUGUUCUUUUAGCUGUAGAUUAUUCAUAGAGAAUAUCGAAUGUGGGACUUUAAAUAACCCUCGAUAUCUUUCUAAAGUAUGUAAAUUAUAUUGUACAUCUGUAGGGCAGGUUAUUGAUGUAAUCUUGGCCUUGGAACAUUUUACUGAAUCUAGCACUUUGUCAAUUUCCUAUGCAUUAAGUAAAAUGGUUACUUAAGAAUAAUAAAGUUCGCACAGUUCAAAGUAGUUACUACUUGAGUUUGGAUAUGUAUUAGCAUUUGUCAGCAGCACAGAUGUCUGCAUACUCCUUUUCUUCAACCCUGUCUAUACCUUAUACAUACCAAGUUUAUUUCAUGUUUUUACCAAUUAUAUCAUUUCGGUAUUGA